AUGCAAAGAGGGUCCCAGGAACAGGAAAGGCGGGCGGACAGAUGGGGGCAAGCUAUGCAAGCAACAAUAAGAAAAAGCUUCAAUCGAGGUCCCAGCAGCGCCGGUGAUAUCAAAUUGGCUUGGUCCUGCCUCGAUGGAGUAGGUAUGGAGGUGAAGACAGAGGAGAAGAUGAUGGAGAUUGGAGAAAUAAUGGGAAAGGAGAGGGAGGAAGAGAGGGAGACAGGGAGGGAGAGUAUGCGUGCGUGUGUAUGUGUCAGAAAGGAAACCUCCCGGUCCCAGAAUGCUGGACACCAUGUGCAGUCUACCUUCUGGAGUCACAGCAAGCAGACCUGUCUCUCCCUCCAGUAUUUUUGCCCUCCUCUCUGUUCCAUGCACGCUUGA